GUUUGCCAUUGCAAGGGGAAGCCUGUGCAGUCGUCAAAUUUUGGAGGAGAGCAGCAACUUACAAGACAUCAGAAGACCUCGAUGGGCAAACCUUCCGUCAAGGGCCCCAGCGGUUCUAACCAAUGGUCCUCCAUAUCCAUGCGGGAAGACAAUGAAAGGGCCUUGCAACAUGAUUGGCUCAGCAGUUUACCUGAUGACGUGUUACUCAGCAUCAUAGAGCGACUUGAUGUUGCAGACGCCACGAGAACAAGCAUCCUCUCCAGACGGUGGAAGCAGAUCCCUACUAUGCUUUCCAAAAUUGUAAUAGAGGUUGGUUCCACUGACAACGAGCAAAAGAGGACCUGUGGUGUAGCUCGGGCCAAUGCAACCGUGCUUGGAGCGACCCGAUGCCUUUUGGAAAGCAGGAGUGCAAGUCCAUACACCAUCCACCGCCUGUGCAUGCAGUUCUUUUUGGGUGCUGGAUCCAUUAAAAUUGCCAAGUCUGUUGCCAAAACCAUUGCAACACAGAAGGUUUGUUUUGCUGAGUUCACAAUCUUGACAGAGAUGGAAUCAAAACGAUGCAGCCCUGGCUAUAUGAUCGUUUAUGGGAGGCAGCUCAAGUUAUUUAUGAUGAAUUGUCCGAACGCAUUCGCUUGUCUCGCACGACUCAAGCUAGAGAAUUUGAGGCUAGGUGGAACAGAUUUCCGUAGAAUUUUCAUAUUGUGCAAACAACUGGAGUUCCUCCGCUUGGACAACUGUGACCAGGGGUUUCGUUCCUUGCUAGCAGUGGUACACCCACGGCUCCGUGAGCUUGAGAUUGUCGGGUGUGAGUUUGAGAGGGUUGAUCUGCUCUGUCUACCAGAGCUCACAACGCUGACCUUUUCUUAUUGGAAUUCUCUGCAUGACCCGUUGUCUUUUGGUUAUGUCCCACUGCUCCACACCAUGAGCAUCAGUAAUACGGCUCUUUCGUGGCACAAGAUGCUCAAGUUAAGUGAAUUUCUUGGCAAAGCCACUGUAAGCAACCUGCAUCUAGGCUUUGAAAGCGAAAAGAUAUGGGUUAAACCUGAAGAUCCAAGAGAAUUGUCGCAGGUGUUCAACAAACUAAGGCUCGUCAAUUUGGCUGCCAUUUCAGCAGAAUGUGAUCUGACUUGGACCUUGUUUGUUCUACAAGGUGCGCCUUCCCUUGAGGAGUUAUGCAUCAGGGUUUGCGAUUGUUUAUGCAUACGGGAUGAGGAAGAGAGGACGAAGCUCGCGUAUAGCGAGGAGAGGAAGGACGCGGGUGCAAAAUGGAAACCAUCUGUUUUCAAGCACCGCAAACUUUCUGUGCUCAGGAUCUUUGGGUUUCAGUCAGAAGUCAAGUUUGUGGAUUAUAUCAGAACUGUCAUGAAAGCAGCAGUCAAUCUGACGGACAUAUACCUGCAUGAGAAGCCAGCGUGCGAAGAGAAGUGUGAAUAUAGCCACCAGCGAGGUGAUAGAUUCCCGAAGUCGAGGAAGCAUAAGAUCUGGGUUAGGAACAGUUUGGACAUGCAUAAGUGCCCGCUGUUAAAGCUUCACUUCCGAUUUUAAGAAAAUAAUGAAGUUCAAGUGACUGUAUAUUGUAUUAGUAGUAAAAUGUUGCUAGGAAACUAAAUUAGUCUAGCUAAGAGUUGUUGCAUCUUACCCUGGGAAUUUGUUUGCUCAAGCUACUUAUUUAUUGAGUACUGUCUGGUCA